CCGCCGUCCGCCUGCCCCGCUCGCCUGCCGGCCCCCGCGCCACCAUGCCCCGGCGGAGCGCCUGCCCGCCCCCGCUCCUGUGCACUUUAGCCGCCUGCAGCCUCCCGCUGCUGCUGCUGGCCGCCGAGCUCAAGUCCAAAAACUGCUCCGAAGUCCGGCGGCUCUACGUCGCCAAGGGCUUCAGCCAGGGCGAUGCGCCCAGCCACGAGAUCCACGGUGACCAUUUGAAAGUAUGUCCACAAGGUUACACGUGUUGUUCUCAAGAAAUGGAAGAGAAGUACAGUCAGCAGAGUAAACACGACUUCAGAAAUGCUGUAGUGGAAUUUAGCAAUCACCUACAGACAACGUUUAGUUCCCGUUACAAAAAGUUUGAUGAAUUCUUCAAAGAACUGCUUGAAAAUGCCGAGAAAUCCUUGAAUGACAUGUUUUUGCGGACGUAUGGUCGUUUAUACAUGCAGAACUCUGAACUUUUUAAGGAUCUCUUCAUAGAGCUGAAGCGCUACUAUGUAGGGGGAAAUGUAAACCUGGAAGAGAUGCUCAAUGAGUUCUGGGCGCGUCUCCUGGAACGUAUGUUUCGAUUAGUGAACCCACAGUACCAUUUCACCGACGAAUACCUCGAAUGCGUGAGCAAGUACACAGAGCAGUUGAAGCCAUUUGGAGACGUACCGCGGAAACUAAAACUACAAGUGACACGAGCAUUUGUGGCUGCCCGCACUUUUGCACAAGGCCUGGCAGUGGCAAGAGAUGUCGUUACCAAAGUGUCUGUGGUAAACCCAACACCUCAGGGUGAGCGAGCGCUGCUGAAGAUGAUGUACUGUCCAUAUUGUCGAGGCCUAGUUACUGUGAGGCCGUGUUACAACUAUUGCUUUAAUGUCAUGAGAGGCUGUUUAGCCAAUCAAGGGGAUCUGGACACAGAGUGGAAUAACUUUAUAGAUUCUAUGUUGAUGGUGGCUGAGAGGCUAGAGGGUCCUUUUAAUAUUGAGUCAGUCAUGGACCCAAUCGAUGUGAAAAUUUCGGAUGCAAUCAUGAACAUGCAGGAGAACAGCGUGCAAGUGUCUCAAAAGGUUUUCCAAGGAUGCGGACAGCCUAAAACGCUGACGCAGGGCCGGGCCUCUCGCUCAGUCUCUGAAAGUGGCUUCAGUGCUCGCUUUAGACCCUACAACCCGGAGGAGCGGCCAACUACAGCUGCUGGCACAAGUUUGGAUAGACUGGUUACUGAUGUGAAGGAAAAACUGAAGCAAGCCAAAAAGUUUUGGUCCUCUCUCCCUGGCAACAUCUGUAAUGAUGAGAAGAUGGCUGCUGGGCGUGUCGUUGAGGAUGAGUGUUGGAAUGGAAGUGCCAAGAGCAGGUACGUCUUUGCAGUGACCGGAAAUGGUUUAGCCAAUCAGGUGAAUAAUCCUGAGGUAGAAGUUGACAUUACAAAACCAGAUAUGGUGAUUCGUCAGCAAAUCAUGGCCCUUCGGGUGAUGACCAAUAAAAUGAAGAAUGCUUACAAUGGAAAUGAUGUUGACUUCCUUGAUAUAAGUGAUGAAAGCAGCGGGGAAGGAAGUGGAAGUGGCUGUGAAUUUCAGCAAUGUCCUUCCGAGUUUGAGUUCAAUGGAACCAACGUUACUGGGAAAACUAACAAGAUUGAUAAAAACACAAACACUUCUGCAGCUGCCAGUAUUGGUCUAUCCCAAGCAACUUUGUUCUUUAGCAUCUUAUUCUUGGCCAUGCAAAGACAAUGGAGAUAAUUGUGCAACUUAGGGGGGAAAAGACUUUAUUAUCAGAAUUAAAAGGCACCUGUUUUCACUUUUAUACCAUCUAGUGACUUUGCUUUUUAAGUUAAUGGACAACAGUGUACAGUUUUUACUAUGUGGCCACUGGGUUUAAAGUAUUGAUUUUUUUUUUUUUCACUUGCUGUUCUGGAAAGAACGCUGACGUGGACUGUUAGUCUGUCCUGUUCACCGAGAAUCCAUGUUAACGGUGGCUAACGAAGUGUAUAUACAGACCUAUAGUUAGCUAUGCAUUUGUGUUAUCAUCACUUGCCUUUUUAAAAAUUUUUACCACAUUUCUUACAAGAAAAACAGGGUCCUAUCUCGGCAUGUAACAAGUAUGUGUUUCUGAAAUAUGAAAUAUCUGUACAGAAGCAAGUUUUAUUUAUCAUGUUAUGUUAUGGGGGGAAAUUAAUAACCCAACAAGCAAAAGAUACGUUUCAUGUAAUUAACUUCUCAUUUAUUCAUGUUCUGUUAGUUGCCUUAUCUGGAGAGAAGUGGAGGUAAUUUGUCUUUAUUCAAUAGGACAGAAUGUGAAGGCAUAAUUGGUCUAUAAACCAUAUGCCCUGUUUGCAUAAAGCAUUAAUACCAGGAGCAGGUUAUACUUCCUUUACGGGAUGUUUGGUUAAAUUGGAAGGGACUACAGAGAAUUCCAGUUUCACAUAAGCUAAGAAGAGCUAUCAGUUGUUCCCCAAGGCCCUAGCGAUUAACUAUAAACCCCGUACACCAAUUCUACACCUACACAUGUCCGCAGAGACUCUUCAGUAGGUAGUGUUCAGUCGGAUGCAACUCAUGUUGUUGAUGCCAGUGCCAACAUGUGUUCUGUCUGCAAAUUUGUUUAGUUGAAUGUUGACAGUGUUUAGGGAUCUUUUUUAUAUAAGGUGCUUUUAUAUGAGAGUUCAUUUCCUUCUGAUCAGAAGGUCAAGAGUUAAGACUGGCCAAGUAGUGUGGCAGUAGCACAUUGCAUCCGACAGACCUGAGUUUAGGAAUGGAAUUGGAUGGGUGGGCCUGACAGAUUCCACCUGAUAAGAGAGUCCCAUACAGUCACUUCAGAGGAUUGGCAGAGACACAAUUCUGCUGGCCAAGGCACCAAGUGACCAUAGUGUUGGCUGUGCAGGAAGUCCCGCCUUUCCACGUUCCCAGCUGGAACGGUUUUGUGGUAAGUGACAACUCAUAAAUAAAAGAAAUAUAUAUUUUUAAAAGGAACGAAAUCACUUUAAAAGUUACUAAAAGUCUGCAGAAAGACUAAAAAUUACUCUGCAAAUCUCUUCCUGCUUUUGGACAGCCAUUAGAAUCUGGCUGGAUGCUUCUAGCCAUGAGAACAAUCUACAGAGAGAGGGUUUUGUUAUACUCCAGCCUUGUGUUGCAAGGAUAAUUUUCUAUUUUUAUAUUGAAACAUUAACUACUUGUUAGCUCAGGGUCAGCAUUUUAUUCAACUUUAUUUUCACACCAAAUUUCUGCAAUACUAUAAAGAUCGAAUAUUCUUGGCUGAUAUGAACAAUCCUGGAGGCUUAAUUUUACUAGAAGUAGCCAGUUAUUUAUUAAAACAUGAUGUUAGUAGAAUAUGCACAUUCUGGCUAUAUUUUUUCUUUAGAAAACAAAUCACGGAAGCAUAAAAUUGAAAAGGUUAUAAAUUUAUGUGUGGGAAAAAAUGGAUUGUAAAUAGCUAAGUUGCCUUGUGAGGAAUUGGAAAAUGUGCUGAUACUUAGAAACUACCUCAGUUCUGAGGAAUUUCCUUUCUAGCUUUGAGUGCUGUUACAUUUACUUGGUAGAAAUGAAUCUGGUCUCCAAUAUGUAGCUAAAAGAGUUAUCCCCGUAGACCUUGUUAGAUUGUUUUUAAUUUAGAGCAUUGAACGAAGGCCAGCUGUUUUCUUUCAGCUAAGUUCCCGAACAAAGAGAAUUUCUGAAUUAAAUAUUGCUGAUGGUUUCCAUGACUUUUACUGAUUUGUUUGGUUUCAUGGCAUUUUUUCUCUUGCCCUUUAAUUAUUUAAACGGUCGUAUCCAUUUGAAUUUUAAUUCUGAAAUAAACAAACCUUAGAUACACUACCAUUGUAAAUCUAUCACAGUAAGGUCUGACUGGAUAACCCUUCUGGCUUAUACCCAGCUGGCAGAUCAGAAAAUUAAACUAAGAAAAAAAAUAAAUUCUUUCAGAGAAUGAGAUGGAACAAAAGCCCUUGCAUUCAGAACAGCUGACUUUUCCAAGAUCUCAGUUUUUGGCAUUUAAGUGUUCAUAUGUAAGAAAGUUACUUGUAAAUUCGCCUGCUUUUGAACAGUUUGCCCACUAUGUACCUAACAAAGAAAAAAUGUUUCUGAAUUGAUAUUUAUCAUUUUACAACUAAUUGCUUAUUAUUCAUUAGUUUUGUAAAAGCAAACAAUGCAAAGAACUGACAUGAGUUUUAAACUUGUCUAGUGACUGAUUUUGUUAACAAACCUCCACUAUAUAAAAGGACGAAUUGUCAUCUGGAGCCACAGAAACCAGAGUAAACGUAAAUGUAGAACGAUAGAAAGUUGUGUUUCUGCUUUGAUUUUGUGUUGCGUGUGGAAUCGGUUUACAGCCCUAGGUACAAAUUCAGAAGGCCUCUUAAUGUGUAGAUAUACAAAUUGAGAGACAGCUAGCAACCAAAGACACUUGUUUUCCAUUUGCCCCAAUUAUUUUUAUGUAAACAUUAGGGCCUUUACAACAUAACUUGAGUUUUUAAAAAUAAAUGCUCACCUCCACAAUAAUCAACUUCAAAUUUUAACACUGGAACAGCUUAUCUAGAUAUGUGGUAGAGUCUCAAUCACUUGAAGUGUUUGAAUCAAGAUUAUAUAGUUUUCUAAAAGUCUGCUUUAGCUCAAACAUUAUGGGCUUGAUGCCGAAGUUGGCGGGUGAGGUUCUAUGACGUGUUAUGAAGGAGGUUAGACUAGAUGAUCAUAAUAGUCUUUUCUGGCCUUAAGAUGUUUAAGAAAUGGAAAAGUGAUACUGCGUGAUGGCAUCCUUUUGAAUGAAACAUCCAUUCAGAAUCCUCUUUGUUUCUCCCGGCUUUUUAAGGCAGCUUCCAUCUUUACAUUUAUUAAAGUAAUAUGGAAAAAGACAAAA